AUGCGGCGCAGGCUGGCGGGCGAAGGCUGUGUGCAGGCACGGAGGGGCGGUGCAGGUUAUGUGCAGGCCGGGAGCCCAUUAAUUGGCGGCCUCACCCUCGCCCCGGUGUUUGCAAUGGAGCUGGAGUUGCUCCCUGCGCGCGCCCUUUGUUCUGCAAUGUACACCCAGGGUGUGCUCCGUGCUGUACUCCUUGAUGUACCCUGCAAAGUACUCUGCAGCACGUCGGACAUCAAUACCAGUGCGAGUUCAAGAGAUAUGUUCACCUGCUCGGAGCCGCAUCAGGCGUCGAGAGGACUUCGGGCGCAGAAGGGAGUAUGGCGACCCACAUCCGCGAAUCUGGGCUCUUUAAAAUGGAAGGGAAGUCGUCCAGAAACCCAGGUUGGAAAGUUUGCUAAUCUAGAUACCAAGAAUGCGAGUGCGCGGUCCAUGUGUUUAUGGGAGCGACGAGAGUCCAGGCGGAGUACGCUGCCGCCCGUCCUCUCUCGCGGCGGAGUCUCGGACGCGGACGGAGCCGAGGCGAGCGUGACAGCCGGGUUUAUGGGUGUCAGGAAGCACGCACACGCGGCGACCUCUGAUGGGCGGGCGCCUGGCGUUGCAGAAGAAAUGGCGGCGACUUCAAAAAUGAAAACAAAUAAAAAAGAGAAAAAAAGCCCCGUGUAUUGGCUGAUGAUCCGCUCACUGUCAAGGGCCUGUCGGCGAGCAACUUCCACCUGCGGCGCCGAGUGGCUCGCCAACGCCCGCCGACGACCUGCCUCGUGGAGCCACCUGCCGACGCGGAACUCACCUGCCGCCGUGGCCUCACCUGGCUCUGUGGACCAGCCUGCCGCGCGCUCGGAUUGCCUGACGCGGAAACCGUUGGCCCCUCACGCGCUUCCAUUUUCUCUGACGCCUCUAAGAUCCUCUCCGUUUUCUGUGACAGGAUCCCGAAGGCCACGACAGAAUCUGCUUCAAGAAAGUGGCGGUCGUGGAGGACUUCUUCGAUAUCAUCUACAACCUCCACGUGUGCAAGGAUGGCAAGGAGCAGAAGCACAUGGGCCAGAAGAGAACGUAUCGGGCGGUUUCCGAGCGCUACGCCUUCGUGCCCCGCGAGGCCGUCACCAAGUUCCUGGUGCUGUGCACGGAAUGCCCACGGCGUUCGGUGGGCGUGCACGUGGGUCUGGGCGUGCCCCUGGGCGUCGCCAACCUGCCCGUGCCUCCGCCCAUCCCGGUGACCAGCCUCCCGCCGCCCCGCCGCCGCCGCCUCCGCCGCCGCCGCCCAGAAGCGUGCGCGUGGACGACCCGGCGAAGGACGACCCCAGCUUCGUCUUGGCGGCGCAGCAACACCAGCACCACCUCCAGCAGCUUCAACACCAGCAGCAACACCACAGCCAUCAACACCCCCAACACAAGCAGCAGUACCCUCUCCUCCAACACCAUCAUCACCAACAGCAGCAGCAGCAAGAACAGCAACACCACCACCACCACCAACACCAGCACCUCCACCCCCAGCAGAAGCAGCAGCCAAGCCCGCGGCAGCAGGAGAGGGAGGAGAAGGAGAAGAAGGAGAGAGAGGAGAGAGAGGAGGACGAGGAGGAGGGGGGGCGGGGCCAGAAGUUCGACCAGCGCGUGAGUGUCGUCAGCCAUGAGGUCGACUACAGAAUACCCAUCACGAACAUCUACCUGAAGCACUGCUCCAACAACCUCAACAACAACACCCUCUGCAACAACUACAACACGCAGUACAACAGCGUCUCCCCGCGCCCCUGGAAGGACGGACCCAUCAUGGCCGAGUCGGACGGCAGCGAAGACGAGCUAAAGAACACCGAAGUGGAGCGGAAGGUGGAGACCCGAACGUCGUCCGAGUGGACGCCGUACCAGCACCAGCCGCUCGGGCUCAGUAGGAGCGACGUCCCGCGAAGGAGUCCGUGCCCGUCGCCGUCGGGCAGCGAGCGUGCGGCCACGGCCACGCCCCUCGACACAGCCAGUAACGCCGAGGACACGUCCAGCAACGGCAACAAAGACGACGAGGACGACGACGCGGACGACGACAACGACGAUGACAAGAUCGACGCCCAGUACGACCCGGAGCGUCUCAAGGCGUUCAACAUGUUCGUGCGCCUGUUCGUGGACGAGAACCUGGACCGCAUCGUGCCCAUCAGCAAGCAGCCGAAGGAGAAGAUCCAGGCCAUCAUCGACGCGUGCGCGCGCCAGUUCCCCGAGUUCGCGGAGAGGACGCGCAAGAGGAUCCGGACUUACCUCAAGAGCUGCAGGAGAAACAAGAGAACCCGGGACUCCAACGGCUGGGAGACGCCGUCCCGCCCGACGCCGCCGCACCUGACGCCGGGGCCGGCGAACGCGUGCGAGAACGAGGCGCAGAAUGCCAAGCGAAUGCGGCUGGGACUCGAGCCCAUCGCGCAGCCCAACCCCCUCAACCCCCUCCCCCAGGCGCCGAUGGGGCAGGACAAGCCGAUGGCGCUGGUGGACACAGUGGUGAAGACGGAGUCGAGCGCCCCCCCGCACGUGUCGGCGCUGGCGAAGGCCCUGGAGAGGCCCCUCGCGGACGCCAAGGUCAUGAACGGCUCGUCCAUGUUCCAGGCGUCGUUCCAGCAGAGUUUCCAGAAGGUCACGUCCCUGACCGGGUUCAACUGUGCACACCCAGCCCGGCCUGACCCCGCUCAUAGCCACCACGUCGUCGCCGAUGCUGGCCAAUGGGGACCUGUUGCUUUAGGCUCAUGGCCAACAGACCUAAGUGUAAAGGGAACCUCGAAGCCAACCCGGCCAACACUCAACGCAGUAGAAGUGGCUGCAGUGCGGCAACUCAUUACCGGGUACAGGGAGUCAGCUGCCUUCCUCCUGAGGUCAGCAGAUGAGCUGGAAAACUUACUAAUUCAUCAACAGAGUCCUUAG